CCAAAACCAUCUGUAUGAGACUGCCAUCAUCCCUGAGGUGAGUAUCAGAUUGAGGAAACAGCUCAGUGGUGACGAACACAAACCCUCUUCUGUUCGACGUCCACAGCAGAAUGGAUCAGACUGAGGACAGAGAGGAGGAAGCCCCUCCCUGGAAGACCACCCAGAGACUCCCCACAGGACCUGGACCUGGACCCAGACCCAGCUGUGUGUCCAUGAAGAGUGAUGCCUCCAUAUUUGAACCCAUGAACUUUAAAAGACAAUGUGUUCCAGAUCCUCAAGUGGAGCAGCAGAGCUCAGAGGUUCCCACUGGUCUACAGGAUCAGACUCAGCUGGACUCCAUAUUUAAGCUGCUGGAGGAGAACAUCUGCACUUUUGUAAAGAAUGAACUGAAGAAGUUCCAGCAGGUUCUGAGUCCAGAUUACCCAGAAUGCUUAGAGAGUCUGAAGGAUGAGGAUGAAGAGCAGAGGAGGAGCUCCGAGGCUUUUCUGCAGAUCACACUGAACUUCCUGAGGAGGCUGAAGCAGGAGGAGCUGGCUGAGCGUCUUCAGUCUGGAGUUCAGCAGCGGAAACUGAAACGUAACCUGCAGCAGAAGUUUGAGUGUGUGUUUGAGGGCAUCGCUAAAGCAGGAAACCCCAAAACCCUCCUGAACCAGAUCUACACAGAGCUCUACAUCACAGAGGGAGGGGCUACAGAGGUCAACCAGGACCAUGAGGUCAGACAGAUUGAAACAGCAUCCAGGAACCCACACAGACCACCAACAACCAUCACAUGUGAAGACAUCUUUAAAACACCAGCUGACAGAGAUCAGCCAAUCAGAACGGUGCUGACAAAGGGCGUGGCCGGCAUCGGGAAAACAGUGUCCACACAGAAGUUCAGUCUGGACUGGGCUGAAGACAAAGCCAACCAGGACAUCCACUUCAUAUUUCCAUUCACCUUCAGAGAGCUGAAUGUGCUGAAACAGAAGAAGUUCAGCUUGGUGGAACUGGUUCAUCACUUCUUCACUGAAACCACAGAAGCAGGAAUCUGGAUCUUUGAAGACCUCCAGGUGGUGUUCGUCUUAGACGGUCUGGAUGAGUGUCGACCUCCUCUGGACUUCAACAACACUCAGAUCCUGACUGAUGUGACAGAGUCCAGCUCAGUGGAUGUGCUGCUGAUGAACCUCAUCAGGGGGAACCUGCUUCCCUCUGCUCGCCUCUGGAUAACCACACGACCUGCAGCAGCCAAUCAGAUCCCUGCUCAGUGGGUGGACAUGGUGACAGAGGUCAGAGGGUUCAAGGACCCACAGAAGGAGGAGUACUUCAGGAAGAGGUUCACAGAUGAAGAACAGACCAACACAAUCAUCUCCCACAUCAAGAGGUCACGAAGCGUCCAUAUCAUGUGUCAUAUCCCAGUCUUCUGCUGGAUCACUGCUACAGUUCUGGAGGACGUGUUGAAGACCACAGACAGAAGACAACUGCCCAAGACCCUGACUGAGAUGUACAUCCACUUCCUGGUGGUUCAGGCCAAAGUCAAGAACAUCAAGUAUGAUGGAAGAUCUGGGACAGAUCCACCCUGGAGUCCAGAGACCAGGAAGAUGAUUGAGUCUCUGGGAAAACUGGCCUUUGAGCAGCUGAAGAAAGGAAACCUGAUCUUCUAUGAAUCCGACCUGACAGAGUGUGGCAUCGAUAUCAGCUCAGCCUCAGUGUACUCAGGAGUGUUCACACAGGUCUUUAUAGAGGAGAGUGGACUGUACCAGGACAAGAGGUUCUGCUUCAUCCAUCUGAGUGUCCAGGAGUUUCUGGCUGCUCUUCAUGUCCAUCAGACCUUCACCAACACUGGAGUCAAUCUGCUGUCAGAAGAACAAACCACAUCCCAGAGGUCUGGAUCUGCAGAGGCACAGUUCUACCAGACCGCUGUGGACCAGGCCUUACAGAGUCCAAAUGGACACCUGGACCUGUUCCUCCGUUUCCUCCUGGGUCUGUCACUGCCGACCAAUCAGAGUCUCCUACAAGGUCUGAUGAAACAGACAGGAAGUAGCUCAAAGACUAAUCAGGAGACAGCUAAGUACAUCAAGAAGAAGAUCAAUAAGAAACUGUCUGUAGAGAAAAGCAUCAACCUGUUCCACUGUCUGAAUGAACUGGAGGAUCGAUCUCUGGUGGAUCAGAUCCAACGGUACUUGAGAUCUGGACGUCUCUCCACAGAUGAGCUGUCUCCUGCUGGUUGGUCAGCUCUGGUCUUCAUGUUACUGUCAUCAGAUAAAGAUCUGGAUGAGUUUGACCUGAACAAAUACUCUGGUUCAGUGGAGGCUCUUCUGGAUUUGCUGCCAGUGGUCAAAGCCUCCACCAAAGCUGUGUUGAGUAUCUGUAACCUGUCAGAGAGAAGCUGUGAAGGUCUGUCCUCAGUUCUCAGAUCCCAGUCUUCUAGUCUGAUUCAUCUGGACCUCAGCUCCAAUGACCUGAAGGAUUCAGGACUGAAGAUCCUGUCAGAUGGACUAAGGAGUCCAGACUGUAAACUGGAGACUCUCAGACUGUCAGGAUGUCUGAUCACAGAGGAAGGACGUUCUUCUCUGGUCUCGGCCCUACAGUCCAAUCCAUCCCAUCUCAGACUGUUGGACCUGAGCUACAACCAUCCAGGAGCCUCAGGACAGGAGCUGUGUGCUCUAGUGGAGGAUCCACACUGGACACUGGACACUCUGAGGUUGGAGCCCAGUGGAGUCCGAUGGUUGAGACCAGGUCUGAGGAAGUUAUUGUCACUGCCCACACCUGACUCAUCCAUCAAUAACAGUCUAAUGCUCACCCUGGAUCCAAACACAGUGAACGAACAACUCAGACUGUCUGAAAACAACAAGAAGGUGGAACGAGUGGAGGAGCUUCAGUCAUAUCCUGAUCAUCAGGACAGAUUUGACUUCUAUCCUCAGCUGAUGUGUUCAACUGGUCUGACUGGUCGCUGUUACUGGGAGGUCCAGUGGAGUGGAUGGGUGGAAGUAGCAGUGACUUACAGAGGAAUCAGAAGGAAAGAGGGGAGUUUAGACUGUAGGUUUGGAAGAAAUGAUCAGUCCUGGAGUCUGGAGUGUUAUAGAGGUGGUUACUAUGUCUGUCAUAAUAACACAUUCUCUCGCCUCCCUCUGUCCUCCUCCUCCUCCUCCUCCUCCUCCUCCUCCUCCUCCUCCUCCUCUGGUACAGUCUCAGUGUAUGUGGACUGUCCUGCUGGAUCUGUGUCCUUCUACAGAGUCUCCUCUGACAAACUGAUCCACAUCUACACCUUCAACACCACAUUUACUGAACCACUGUUUGGAGGAUUUAGACUGUGGACUGAAUCCACAGUGUGUUUGUGUGAUGUGUAGUUGUGUGUGUGUAGUUGUGUUUCAGACUGAACCCUACACACCUCUACCAUCCCAGUCAAAUAAACACUAUCACAACUCUCUGAUAAUGAGGCAGAAGAACAGAAUGAUACUGGAUUCCUGGUGUCUGUGGUCCUGGUUCCGUCGGUUCCUUUCCAACAUUAGAAACACACUGAGAUGAAGGUGGAUGGAAAUGUCUGUUUGUUCCAUUUGAUAUGUUCAUUGAAUUAUUUCAUUUUACUGAGCUGUAGAAGAGCUGAUCCAUAGAAUAGAGUCCCAUUUGUUCCUGUUCAUUGGUGUCUUUUCUGGAUUUGUUCAUUUGUUUCAAACACUGUUUGUAAAACGCUGAUUUUUGACUCACAUCGUUGGAACUAAACAUGGUGGUGUUUGUCGUGUUUGUUCAUGUCGUUCAUGUCUUUGGACGAGGAACAGCAGGUCGUCCACAAACCACCACAUGGGUGGGUCCAUCCCUGGAGGACGUCCACUUGUCCAAGUGUCCUUGAACCAGAGGCGAUUUCUCUCAGACUGCAGUGGAAGCUUGGCUUCCCCUAAAAUUAUGAAAAUUCAUUGGUUAAAUCUGUUCAGUUGUUUUCAUUUCAUUGACUCCAAAUGUGUUGGAACACG